AUGCGUCUCGGAAAGAAGCCACUCCUCAAACGCAGCUUUGGCUUCAUGUCCUUGCUCGGUUUUUCUUGCGCGGUCCUGAUAACCUGGGAGGGCAUUCUCGUUACAUCCAUCGGAGCGCUUCUUAAUGGCGGCCCGGCUGGAGUGGUGUGGGGAUUCCUGAUCGUCCUUCUAGGGACAAUGUCUACUUUUGCAACCAUUGGCGAGCUUGCGAGUAUGGCGCCUGUCUCUGGUGGCCAAUACCAUUGGGUUGCAAUCAUGGCCUCGGCCUCGUGCAGGAACUUCCUCUCGUACAUCACAGCUUGGGUCACAGUAUUUGGAUGGCACCGUUUCCUGGCUCGCUUCGAAGGAGCUGUCCUAGUCCUCCAUCUUGUGGGAUUCUUUUGCGUGCUGAUCCUGAUGGUAUAUCUUGGGCCGCAUGCCAGUGCGAAGGAAGUCCAAGGUCUGUCGUUCUUGGUCGGAAUGCCUUCCUCGGUUUUCUGCUUGAUGGGUGCCGACAGUGCAGUGCAUAUGUCAGAAGAGAUUAUUUCAGCAGCCACCGUUGUUCCCAAAGCCCUUAUGUACAGCAUCAUCAUCAAUGGGGCACUCGCUUGGGCCAUGGUGAUCGCCAUGAUAUUCUGUAUAGGCGAUCUCGAAGCGGCGCUGGGCGCAACGAAGACCGUGUUCUAUCCGUUCGUCGAAAUCUUUUACCAGGCCGUAAAUUCUCGAGCGGGAGCAGCUAUCAUGGCGUCCAUCAUUCUUGUAAUGAGUAUCGCAAGCAUAGUUGGGGUUUACGCAGCGUCUUCACGCAUGCUUUGGUCGUUCGCUCGCGAUCGAGGGGUGCCGUUUCAUGAAUGCUUGGUUAAGCUCACAAAACGGAUCUCUCUUCCAAUCUACACGGUGCUAGUUACGCUCCUGUUCUCGAUGCUACUGGCUCUAAUUCCGCUCGGAUCAUCUGUCGCCUUCAACAACAUCAUCUCGCUUUCCGUGGCUGGGCUUUACGCUUCUUACCUCAUCGUGGCGGCACUACUCCUUUGGCGCCGAGUGCGAGGGGAAAUGCAGCCGUUCUCGACAUCGUCUACACCCAUCAGCAGUCCCGACAACCUCUGCUGGGGUCCUUGGAAGAUACCUGAGCCACUGGGCACAAUCAAUAACGCGUUUGCAUGCGUCUAUCUUCUGUUUAUUUGGUUUUGGUCUUUCUGGCUGCCGAGCACCCCGACCACGCCAGAAACGAUGAACUUCAGUGUGUUGGUCUUUGGGGCAACGGUUUUGUUUAGUAUUGUGUAUUAUUAUGUCUUCAAAGGACGCAUGGCCUUUACUGGACCGGUCCAGGAAGUCGAAGUGGGGACAAUGGAAGACUUGCAAGUCUGUAAGGAUGCGGAGGAAAGGUAA